AGGGGCGGGAUGUCAAGUUCGGUUGCAGAGCUGAAACCGGUAACCGAGCACUCCAGCACGUUGUGAAGCCGUUAGUGUUUCUGGCUCUCGCCGCGGUGAUUCAGAGAAAUCACUUUUUUUCCCUAAAUCCACGAUUUUCUUUUUGAUAAUUGACCCGCUGAGAAUUUUCAGUUGACCAAAGAAAUGGUGAUGGAGAAGCCAAGUGCCCAGCUGGUCGGGCGAGAGUUUGUCCGACAGUAUUACACGCUCCUGAACCAGGCCCCCGACUACCUGCACAGGUUUUAUGGAAAGAACUCGUCCUACGUGCACGGCGGCUUGGACAGUAACGGCAAACCAGUGGAGGCCGUGUAUGGCCAGUCUGAGAUCCAUAAGAGGGUGAUGGCUCUCAGCUUCCGUGACUGUCACACCAAGAUCAGACAUGUGGACGCCCACGCCACCCUGAACGAGGGCGUGGUCGUGCAGGUGAUGGGCGAGCUGUCCAACAACAUGCAGCCCAUGAGGAAGUUCAUGCAGACCUUCGUGCUGGCACCUGAGGGGACAGUUGCCAACAAAUUCUACGUCCACAACGACGUGUUUCGUUACCAGGACGAGGUGUUUGGAGACUCUGACUCCGAGCCUCCGGAAGAGUCCGAGGACGAGGUGGAGGAGAUGGAGGAGAGGGUCCCCUCCCCUGAUGCUGCUGCUGAGGAGUCUGCUCCCUUCUACGACCCGGUAGCCUGUUCAGAGCCGGCGGUUCCCGGUGAUGAGGAGAUAGUGGCAGCGAGUCCGGAGCCAGAGCCGGAGGUGGAGAAGGAGCCUGAGGCUGCGGUGGUGGAGCUGAAGCCGGAGGCGAUUGUGGAGACGCAAACCGACACACACACAGCAGACGACCAGACAGACAAAAGCCCCGCUGCUGCUCCGCCCACUGCAGAGGCUGCUGCUGUGCCCGCCGAACCCGUCGCCGCCGCUGCCCCAGAGGAAAACAGGCCGUUCUCCUGGGCAUCCGUCACCAGUAAGAACCUCCCUCCCAGCGGGGCCGUCCCAGUCUCAGGAAUCCCCCCUCACGUCGUCAAAGUCACGCCCACAGCACCGGUCAGAGCGGAGGUGAAGCCCGAGUCCCAAACAGCCACGCAGAGACCACAGAGAGACCAGAGACCGAGGGAGCAGAGGCCAGGUGGUCCUGCACCGGUGCACAGAGGGCCCAGACCAGCUCGGGAGGGUGAGCAGGGCGAGUCUGAGGGUCGCAGGGUGGUCCGGUACCCCGAUGCCCAGCAGCUCUUUGUGGGCAACGUCCCCCACGACGUGGACAAAACUGAACUCAAGGAGUUCUUUGAACAGUAUGGUACAGUCCUGGAGCUGAGGAUCAACAGUGGAGGAAAGCUACCAAACUUUGGCUUCGUGGUGUUUGACGACUCAGAACCUGUUCAGAAGAUCCUCAGUAACAGGCCUAUCAAGUUCCGCGGUGACGUCCGUUUGAACGUGGAGGAGAAGAAGACCCGGUCGGCCAGGGAAGGCGACAGGCGGGACAUGAGGCCCCGUGGUCCAGGGGGUCCCGGUGGUCCCAGAGAGCGAAUAGGAGGCGGCGGCCCCCGAGGCCCACCCACCCGUGGAGGCAUAGCACAGAAACCCAGCUUUGGCUCCGGGCGGGGCACCGGGCCCAGCGAGGGCCGCUUCUCUGCCCAGCGCCAGUGAGCCGCCUGAGCUCCAAACCUGAGUUAGAUUACGAUUUGAUCAGUGAUUUUACUGCAGCAGGAAACCAAUUGGACAAAACGUAGCUGAAAAAAAGCCUUCUUCACGCUGCAGCCGGGAGCAACAAUGAGCAGCGAUGAUGAAGUCCGAAUUCAUUCAAUCCCUCCUCAUUCUUCUUCCUCCUGCGAGUUUUCUGAAAGGAUUUCUGUCAGUAAUCGAUGCGGGUUUGGUUUUCACGUCUGUCUCUCACGAAGACCGGCUGCCUCCUCUUCCUCCCUCCACCCGAUUCUUCUUUCUCACCUGCUGCUCUUCGUUUCCCUCUGAGGAAUCCCGAAUGUCACUCCUCUUUUCCUUCCUGUUCGUCUCCUGCUCCAACACCACCACAUGUAUUAUCUGGACUCUUCUGGUGUCAUUUUUCAUGCUGAACUUGAAUUUAUUAAGAAACAAACCACACAAACAGAUGAAAAAGGGUAAAUACUACUUGAAUUGGGGAUAAAACCCAGAGGUUAGGUUUUUUUUUUUUUCGCGUUCUCUCUCCCUGUUUCUUAAAGGAACGUGUACUUUACUGCUUGGGCAAUCCUGUGUAUUGCUGCCACCGUUUGUAUCUAGCGAUGGAUCUGUCUUAUCUUUUUAUUCUAUCAGGUCAAGAGCUGAACUCUUAGUGGUUUUAUUUGAGUAAUGUUGGAUCGUGAUAUGUCUGAACAGAGCAUGUAUCAAAUCCUGUUAGGCACUUCAUUUGUCACCAUGUCGAAAACGAACUCGCCUGCCGAUGAGAGAACUAAAUUAAAAGCGAUUUACUGUUUUAAA